CUGUGGGACUUCCGGUGUGCUUGUGUCUCCAGGUGUGUUCGGUGAUGGUGGACUCUCGGCCCAUGUUGGAGGAGCUGCUGGCUCUGGUUCUGCAGCGGAUCAACAUGGAGGAGAGCAACAUGGCACUUGAGCGAGAGUUCUUGGAGGUGGUGAAGAACUUUGAGGUGGUGAGGAAGAGUUGGCUGCGCACCGAAAUGGAGCUGAAGAACUACAAAGAGCUGCUGGUCAAGUCUGACGUGGCCAAAGCUGCUCUGGAGAUCAAACUGAAGCACGCUCGCAACCAGCUGGACGUGGAGAUGAAGAAACGCCAUAAGAUCGAGGUCGACUACCAGUACCUGACGAGGCAGAUGCAGCUCAUGUGCGACAUCCUGGUCCAGGACAGUAAAUCCAGUGCCUGUCUGAACGAUGAGCAGAAAUCUCUUUUAGCCACGUUCGAUCACAGAGGAGCCAACAUGACGCUGCACAAGAGCAGCAAGAGGCUGUCGGUUAUUGAUGAGUCAUCCUUCAUGUCUCACUCAGACAUCAGCUACGAUCGCACCGAUGACGACCUGGACUUGGACACGACUAUGAUCAAACCUCUGAGGUCUCGGGCCAGAGAGAGGAGGCGCUCUUCGAUGGGUCAAGUGUUCGGAGUUCAGGUUGCGAAGAGAACCAGAGGCGGGGAUGUUCCGGCAGAGCCACUGGAGAGAAAAACUGUAGCGAAGGAGGUGGAGACGAUUGUGAAAGCAUCUGUGAUGGCUCCUGAUGCUGGCGGACAGGUCCACAUGGUUCUGGGAGUCAUACAGGAGAGUCCAGAUAAUCCUGCUCUAUCCACCACCCAGCAAUGUGCCGUGUCAGUGGGAGGAGGAGAUCAAACAACCUCAUGGAGUCCCAACACCUCGACCUGGGUUGAGCCUGAAGCUUUGCCAGACAUCCGAAAUGCUUCAAUCAUCAGGACAGAGAAAACCAAACACAUGUUUCUAUCUAAAACGGUGAUCCGGCCCGAGACCUGCACGCUGUGCGGGAAGAGGAUUCGUUUUGGGAAAGUGGUGGUGAAGUGCAGGAACUGUCGCGUUGUUGCUCAUCUGGAGUGCAAACAGAAGCUGUCGGACUUCUGCUCGUCCUCCAGCGCUGCAACAAGAAGUCAGACUCAGGACUUGUUGGAAGCUUUUGCUCCGUCGACUCAUCCCAGAGUUCCUCAGCUGGUUGUGGACUGCGUGGCUGAGAUCGAGAGGAGGGGUCUGCACGAGAAAGGUCUGUAUCGUAUUCCUGGAGGGGAGCGCACGGUGAAGGAGCUCCGCGAUCGUGUCCUUCAGGUGAAGCCGUCUCUGCUGCUCAGUAAAGUCCAGGACAUCCACGUGGUCUGUGGACUCCUGAAGGACUUCCUGAGAAGACUGAAGGAACCUCUGGUCACCUUCAGGCUGCACAGGACCUUCAUGGAGGCUUCAGAACUAGAUGAGGACAACAGAACCGCACUCCUGUAUCGGGUCAUAUCUGAGCUGCCAAAGUCCAACAGAGACACGCUGGCGUUCCUCAUGCUUCACCUCCACAAGGUGAUGAGAAGCCCACAGUGCCAAAUGGACCAGAACAACUUGGCCCGGGUGUUUGGACCAACGAUAGUGGGUCAUGGGAUGUCAGAGCCGACCCCAACAACCAUCAUGAGGGACACCACCGUCCAGCCGAAGGUGAUGAGCUACCUGCUGUCCCUCCCCGAAGACCACUGGAGACAGAUCCUUACUGCCCAGGUGGAUCAGAACCCAUCCUACUAUAAUAAGUCAAGCCCUGUUGAAGGACAUGGUCGUUUGUUUCUGCCGGUAACGUCCCCAGAGACGAAAAGCUCCUCUUACAAGAUGUCCAGCCGAGAGUCGAUGAGAGGACGGCUGGUGGACCAGGUGUCCACAUCCAGCAGAAUAGACCAACCUGAGAAGAGGAACAAGUUCUUCACAUCACCAAGCUGA